GAUGUAUUCUGUCAUCACGUUCUUUGCUGCCGACCUAGUUGAGACAGACUCAAUGGAUGCCCGAUUAACAGAUCAAAAGCCGAAAGUUCGAUGCGGUUUAAUUUUGUUCAGUAAUUGUGCCUUGUUGUUUUCAACAGUUGCUGUUUUUUAAAGCGCGAUGGAUACCGACUUGUCUUUCUGCUCUCGUCGGUCUCCUGUGGUGUGUUUACACGGCUGCGCGGCGUCCAGCCAGCCGAUAGCCUCCAGUUUAGGACUCGACAUCCUUAAGCGCGGUGGCAAUGCAGCGGAUGCUGCGGUUGCCAUAGCAGCAGCACUGGCGGUAACAGAGCCAUGCAGCACCGGACCUGGUGGAGACGCCUUCUGCUUGUUCUACAACGGAGAAACCGGAGAGAUCACAGGAAUUAACGGCAGUGGUCGUUUGCCCAGGGCGCAGACCUUGGACUUCCUGGAAGGACGUGGUUACACUGCGGGGGCUCCUCCUUCAUCUUCUGAUGCCCUGAAUGUCACAGUACCAGGGGCCCCUGCAUGCUGGUGCGAUACCGUGCAGCUAUUUGGAAGUCACAAGGUUUAACUGUGUGUGUGUAUGUCUUCUUGUAUCUAUCUAUGUAUAACUAUAUGCAAUACACAGGUGGCCAAAAGCCCAUUAAAUGUAAUGCUUUUAGAUUACAUAAACAAGCUAAACCUAAACACUGCAAGUGUAACCACAUUGACACACACCACCAACACAUCUGGAAGUAAG